AUGGUAUUAUCACGUAAACUUCUUCUUACUCUUAUAUUCCUCGCUAUGGCGUUUGUAGUGAUGGCAUCAGCGACGCCAUCCCUUGAGGAGGCUUUUCAAAAGAGACAACUCUUGCCACUGGCUGGUAAUCAAAAAAGGGACGAUGAGCCUGCACCUGCUAGAUCAAGUUGCGUUAAAACCGAACCCUGUACCACCACCACCCCCACUCUACCUACUCAUACUUGCAAUGAAGGUUCCCCAGAUUUGGAAAAUACAGUUACUGCAACUGAUGAUGAUGAUAGCCAACCAACUGUUGUUGGGGAUUCUAAAAGCCCGCAAAAAUCUGUUGUCGUCGUUUCUGGUGGAAACCCAAGCAGGGCUGACGAUAUGACAAGCGACUCGGUUGGUUACUAUCAAAGAAAUUCAGCUUUAAUCAUAAGCACUCUUAUAUUGGCCUCUAUGAUUUCCAUGAUGGCUUUAUAA